GCCUAAGGCUGGCAGCCUCAGCCGGAGCCUUGCAUGUUUGCUUUCUGGGGUGGUGGCGCUGUUGACAGUGUUGUUGUAUGGCCAAGGCAGUGGGACCACGACUUUCAACGAAGAAGCGUGCGAAAGGCUAAGAAACUUGGCUGCCAUGGCAUCCGGCGGCCAUGGCAGCAUCACCACCGGCAGCGUCUACCGCAUCCUCUCUGCCGUUGUGCCCCUCUACGUCGCCAUUUGCGCAGGCUACUUCUCUGUUAAGUUCAAGCUUUUCACCCCAGCAGACAUCGCUGGCAUCAACCGCUUUGUGGUGCUCAUCGCGAUCCCUGUCCUUUCCUUCCGCUUCAUAGCUGGCAUCGACCUCUACACAAUCUCGUACAGGCUCAUUCUGGCAGACACUCUCUUCAAGCUGCUGGUCCUUGUUGUGCUGGCGGUCUAUGGCCUGGCGCGGCGCCAGGUGGCAGACCUUGAUUGGCUCAUCACGCUGUGGAUGAUCGCCACCCUCUCAAACACCCUUAUCGUUGGCGUGCCCACUCUGGUGGCCAUGUAUGGCCCUAUGGCGACAGACCUCAUCGGACAGGUUGUCGUAGGGCAGGCUGUUAUCUGGUACCCGGCGCUUAUGAUCCUAUAUGAGAUUCGGGCGUCCCGAAAAGAGGAGAGGCAACAAGUGGCAGAAGAAGGUGCAGAGCUGGAGGCAGGGGCAGAGGUGAAAGUUGCAGACAACGAAGGACAGGGUAGUGGGGAGGCGAGGGCAGCUGAUACCUCUUUAGACAAUGAUGAAGUUAAAUUGGCAGGGGAGCAGGCUGCGGGGGCAAGAUGUAAGAAGCUUUCCAGAGUUGAGAGUCACCCGUGCACUUGCGAGUUGCAGCGGGUGUCUACGGAAGAAGAAAGGAGUUGGCCCUCAGUUGAUCAGAGUCAACAAAAUCCUGCAGAGGAGUUUCGGAUACGUAUCAAAGGGGACACUGCCAGUGACGGGCCUACGCAGACAAGCCCGUCUAGUUCUCCCAACCACCACCAGCCAACCCCUCCAAUAGAAGCUUCUACUAGUAAGUUAGAGCUACAGCAUCUUACCAGCCUCGAACGCCCCCUCCAUCAAGGUGAACCAACCAACUCCCCAACUCGACAACCGAGCGCUGUGCUGAGGGGGCAGCUCUCGCUGGUGGUACGUAACAGGCCGGGGGUCCUCGAAAGGAAGGCCAGUCGAGCAGAACAGGUGGCCCAGUGGAAGCGUACGCUGCGGAUCCUGGGGUGGAAGCUGCGCAAGAGCUUCACAGUGCACGCGGCGAUACUGGGGCUGGUCUACUCGCUUGUGGCAUACAAGUCCGGCUUCGGCCUGCCCCUCAUCGUCCGAAAAUCUUUGGACGUUCUUGCGGACACAGGCAUCGGCAUGACCAUGUUUUCUCUUGGCAUGUUCAUGGGGAGCACCGCUAUCUUCCCCUGCGGUUUCUGCCUGUCCCUAAUGGUUCACGGGCUUCACUUUAUCAUUGGGCCUGCGAUAAUGGGAAUUAUCUCGUUCGUGGUGGGACUUCGGGGGAACAUUCUGCGCGUCGCCAUCAUCCAGGCCGCCCUUCCGCAAGCUAUUGUAUCUUUCUCGUUCGCGAAAGAGUAUGACGCCUAUCCGGAAGUCCUGAGCACCAGCAUCACGUUCGGAACUCUGAUGUCGUUUCCGGUGGCGCUCGCUUACUACGUCGCGCUGGAACACUUCUGAUGACAUGCACCAGUGUCAUCCCCUUUCACAGGUCGAAUCAGGAACCCCUUGUCUACAUCGAAGCAACCGAUCAUAGACACGUCACGAAGCCAAAUUCUUGCACGCGCACAGCUGCUGUUAUGAUAGAGCGAGACGGUUUGAUAUAGGUAGUCUUCUGCAAUCCACGGAGUCCAGCGGGGCCGGGUUGCCAACACGUCAAUGACUAGCGUCAAUACCAUGAACUGAUGCCUUUCAGCGUUCUGUACGCAUUGCAAAGUAUACUCAAAGUAUCAAAGGUAUAAGAUUGGUUGCUCCUUAGAGGCUAGUGAGCUCGAUGUGAAAGGAGUUUUGAACGGGA